AUUGUGACGGGUUUCCGGGGGGAAGUCAGGCAGGGGGGGGCUUCUUAGGCGGUGGCUUUAUCGGGGGUAGUGGUGAUAGCGGUAGCGGCGACGGUGAUUAUGGCAAUUCCAAUCAAGAUGAUGAUGUCGCGACGUAUCGUAAUCAGCUACCGCCACCGGCUAUAACUUAUGGGCACAUGUUCCACCCGGAUUUUGAGGCGCCUGACAUCCACGGCUCGAAAAUCGACGCGAAUGAACAAUUAUUGAGUGGCCCAAGCAAUGCUCGGAUAGAACCAACGCUACCUGAUUUUCAUGAAGACCCUGAUCCGCCUAUCUUGAAAGAUUUAGCGUCACCAUUCCGCUACGAACCGACCCCUCCCGACAUAGAUUUAGAUACCAAUACACUGAAUGUAGCGUCUGAAAUAGAAGGAACGAACAUACUACUAAUUCAGGGAUUCGCCGCUUUGUUCCAUACCAACGAAGCUAUGAGGACUUUAAUUUCCUCGGCAAUGGAAAAAGAGGGCGCGGAACUAGAUGUUAUACGAGCUAAAUCUAGGAGACUAUUAGAACGAUUCGCCUUAGAACUCGAGGCAGAGAUGCAUGGGAACACUUACCAUGCGGUUUCGGGGUUCAUCAGAUCCUUUUCAGGCCUUAUCGUUAUGGAAAUGUUCUCAGCCCUUCUUCUUGGUGACCAGGAUUCUAGAGCCCAGAACCCAGAGUCUUCGCAAAAUACGACACCCCCCCGAGAGUUGGUUGAGAGAUAUCUGUGCAGGAAUCUUGGCUCCGCCGAUGAAGUCCCAGGGCAUGUCGAUCGGAUUGAGCACUUCAUCGAGGAAAGCAUUGCUUAUCGAGCGUUAUAUUCGCGGCUCCACCAUAUUGUAUUCCCCACUAUGCACUCUAGGCUACAAGAACUGGUGGAUUCGUGGUCAAAGCCUGAUCACAGAUAUCAUGGUUUUAUCACCCGUUACAAGCUCCCUAAUCUUGUCUCGGAGCUACAUAAUAUAGAUCCACAGAAAAUCAAGUUAAACCUAGAUGGUAACUUUAUUGGCCUACAUAGAAUAAUCAAUCGGUAUCAAAAUGCAGUAGAACUUUGGACUGGAACCCGCUGGGAUUGGUGGCCGCUGCCACAAUGUGUGAGGAUCUUGAAAGAAGAGGAAGUACGAUUGCAAUGGGAUUGCGCUUGUGGUGAGGUUAGAUGGGCAGAGGUCCCCUCGCCUUUCUUUAAACGCCUAACGUCAAUCAUUUGCAGCUUACCCCUGUCUGGUACCCCUGAGCAUACUCUACCACCUCAUCUACCUUCAUCUCAGAGUAUUUUGGGUAAAGCAGCUAUAAGAAAUAAUCAAAAACACAUUCGACCGAGCCAAAAUACACAUACGCAUCACCAAUCGACUACUUUUCUUAUGGGUAGUGUUGGGCAGUCCGGGUCGUCCCAGGUCACUACUAGCCAUGCAACUACUCCUAAGCAUCGCAUUAUCCUGAUAGUUAAAAAAGGGGCUGAUUACGAUAUCGCCCAAAUUGGUAUUGAUACUUUUUCUUCUUACGAAUUCUUUAGUUCGCUCAAAGAGCAUUACUUUCGUAUUCGGGGUUCUUUCCGCAACUGGUUCAGCGUUUGGCGAUACUCUCAUUGUGACUUUUAUAAGUGCGAAAAGUUCGACGAUCAUGCAUUCUUCCCGGCAGAAAAGAACAAGUUUCCCGAUAUCGCCAAUGACGACUAUGAGUAUGCCCCGAAGCCAAUGGAUAACAUCCCGCCAAUCAGCGAACACGAGUUUCAAAAACGCUUCUGUGCGUGUUAUAAUCCAGGGGGGCUUUGUCGUUUCUAUCACAAGUGCAAGUCAGUGGGUGCUCACUCUUCUGCAACAGCACUCGAACUUUUUCCCAAAAAGAAGACUGAGCUCAAAGAAGGGGGAGAUGCUAGAGAAGAUUUCUGGGGGAUCUAUGCUCGUGAGUGGAUCAGCUUUCGACGGGUAUCAUUCUAUAAUUUUGUUUGUGUUCUGCCAGUGGCCAUCUUUUUCAUUUCCCGGAUUUCCCCUGCGGGAUACGGCACCGACCUGCAGAAUCCCUCUGUUCCUUUCUUUAUGAUGUUUGCUAUGCUCUCUUUCUUCUGGGGCAUAUUCAUUACGAGCGUGCAAUUCGGCAAGUCGCAUUGAGGGCACGGCGGAUUUUAUUAUGAAGUGUACCUAGGUAGGUAUAAUUGGCAAACGCCAAUAUGAGUGAAGAAUUUACUAGGAAAAUUUACCCCCUUUUCAUUUGCCCCUUUUUGCAGCUCGUUAAGGUCAUAAACCCAAGCGACGCAUGGCUAUUAUCGACUAUCGGGACAUUUACUUAUCCGUUAGUGGGGCCAA